GAGAGCGGGGAGUUUGUGCUUGUAGUAGUGCAUUGUGACUAAAAACCAGCCGAAAGAUCCUUGAAAGUACUGGAUAUAUCGCUCCCAGCUGUCUACUCGUAGACAAGGAGGAAGGACAGAGGAUCCACACUAUAACAACAAACAGUGUAACGCAUUUGAAAUUGUAAGCUACUAGCCUCUGGUUUCGUUUGUCAAGUUGUGUUAUUCGUACGCUUGUGUUAUUGUUAGUUGUUGUCAAUUGCUAUAUUUACUCAAUUUAAGUAAAGUAUUUCACAAAACUGCUAUUCACAUAUCCCUAGCACACAGCUUACCUUCAGGAUAGUCGCAAACCUACCUAAAACUGAAAGUUAAACAGAAUUCUUUGUUCUGCAUUUUAUCUUGUUAAAUCAUGGCUGAUGAUGCCGCCAGAAAGCUGCAGUUCGAGUACAAAAUCAACUCCAACCUUGUACUCUCAACAGAUCGGUCACUCAUCGACAGACGUCCAAGGGAUGAAUCCACCGGAGAGGUGUUAAGUUUAGCUGGGAAAAUUCGUGCUCAAGAAAUGGGACACAAAUCGCAAAGAACAAAACCACCUAUGCUGCAUGAGAAACGAGCGAAACGUCAAAAACGUGACGAGUCCCAACAGGACUCUUUGAAAUUGAAAGGAGCUAGCUUACUAAACGAUGAUUUCAACGAUAUAGCUGGAAUUAUGUACCACCCUAAGACACCAGACACUCGGAAAACCUAUGAAUACAUUCUUCACUGUAUUCAAGAGGCUUUAGGUGAUCAGUCACGUGAAAUCCUAUGCGGAGCAGCAGAUGAAGUUAUAGCCACUUCUAAGAAUGUUCAUUUAAAAGACAAAGAGAAAAGGAAGGAAACAGAGUCCUUGUUAGGUCCUCUCGUUGAUGAGAGGUAUAACAUUAUUGUCAACCUUUGCAAGAAAAUCACAGACUGGAAAGAAGAAGAACCUGGAUCUACCGCGGUCACUAACUCCAAUGACAGUAUUGAUCAAACGUAUGGUGUAAAUGUUCAGUUUGAAGAAUCAGACCAAGAGGAUGAGGAAGAUGCAUUUGGGGAGGUCAAAGAAGAAGAUGAUGAAGAUGAACCAGAUGGGGAGGAGGCCGUUGUAGAGAUGACUUUACAGUCUCGUAAAAAUGAGUCAGUUAUUACCGCUCACCAAAAUGCUGAAAAUUUACAUCCUCGGGAUAUUGAUGCGUUUUGGUUGCAACGUAACCUUGCCAAGCAUUGCAAAGAUCCGAUACUUGCUCAGGCGAAAGCUCGCGAAUGUCUGGAAAUUCUUCAGUCAGCUUCUGAUGAUAGGGAUCUAGAAAACCGUUUAGUUCGUGCCCUCGGUUAUGAGCAGUUCGACUUUGUCAAAAUUUUACGCAAACAUAGACUUAUGGUUUUGCACUGUAUUUUAUUGGCACAAGCACAAACAGUUCAGGAACGUAGUCAAAUGGAGGCAAAAAUGCGUAGCGACCCUACGUUAGCCAAAGUAUUGCAUGAAUUAAGAGAAACAGAAAAUUCUGCAGAUUUAGUCGCUGAAGAACGUCAAAGAAAAAAUGUUCAGCGUGUCGUCCGUGUUCAGGCUGAUAUGGAGCAUGAAAAUAUGAACGAUGAAGGUUUUCACUUGUCUGAAGACGGUGCUAUCGGUGUUGCAAAUAUCGUUGACUUAGAGGGUCUAGCUUUUUCGCAAGGAGGACAUUUAAUGGCAAACAAGAGAUGUCAGUUACCCGAUGGUUCAUUUCGAAAACAGAAAAAGGGUUACGAAGAAGUACAUGUACCACCUUUACGCCAAAAACCAUUAGAACCAGGCGAAACUCUAAUAAAAAUUGAAAAACUACCUGCGUAUGCACAAGCUGCCUUUGAAGGUUGCAAGACUCUCAACUUAAUUCAAAGUCGAUUAUACCAUGCUGCUAUGGAAACGGAUGAAAAUUUGCUACUAUGUGCCCCUACUGGUGCCGGUAAAACAAAUGUAGCUUUAUUGUGUAUUAUGCAUGAACUUGGCAAAUUUAUUAAUCCUGAUGGUACCAUAAAUAAAGAUGAAUUCAAACUUAUUUAUAUUGCACCUAUGCGAUCUUUGGUACAAGAAGUUGUUGGUAAUUUUAAUAAGUUGUUAAGCAGUUAUGGUAUUAAGGUUGAUGAACUUACUGGUGAUCACCAACUUAGUCGUGAACAAAUUUAUGAAACACAAGUUAUCGUAUGCACACCAGAAAAAUGGGAUGUAAUCACACGUCGUGGUGGGGAUGAGCGAGCUUACAUACAGUUGGUUAGAUUAAUCAUUUUUGACGAAAUUCAUCUACUACACGAUGAUCGUGGUCCAAUACUGGAAGCUAUUGUUGCACGAACUUUACGUGCUGUAGAGAACACAUCCGGUCUAGCCGUUUCUAACGAUAUUGGCGGUGGAGGUGGUGUUCGUCUUGUCGGUUUGAGUGCUACGCUACCAAAUUAUGAAGAUGUAGCGACGUUUCUACGAGUUGAUUGUUCGAAAGGAUUAUUUCAUUUUGAUAACAGUUAUCGUCCUGUACCAUUAGAGCAACAAUAUAUUGGAAUUACUGAGAAAAAAGCUGUAAAACGUUAUCAAAUAAUGAAUGAUAUUGUUUAUGAUAAAGUAAUGGAACAUGCUGGACGUAAUCAAAUUUUAAUAUUUGUUCAUAGUCGUAAAGAAACUGGAAAAACAGCACGUACAUUAAGAGAUUCAUGUUUAGAAAAAGAUACUUUAGGUAUAUUUAUGAAAGAGAAAAAUGCAUCGGCUGUUGUUCUACGUCAAGAAGCCGAACAAGUCAAAAAUCCUGAACUUAAAGAUUUACUUCCUUACGGAUUUGGUAUACAUCAUGCUGGUAUGAGCCGUGUUGAUCGUACUUUAGUUGAAGAUUUAUUCGCUGAUCGACAUAUUCAAGUUUUAGUCUCUACUGCUACAUUAGCUUGGGGUGUUAAUCUACCAGCUCAUACGGUGUUGAUUAAAGGAACUCAGAUUUAUAGUCCAGAAAAAGGACGUUGGACGGAAUUAGGUGCUUUGGAUGUUAUGCAAAUGCUUGGUCGUGCUGGUCGCCCUCAAUAUGAUACGAAAGGUGAAGGUAUACUGAUUACAAAUCAUACAGAGUUACAAUACUAUUUAAGUUUAAUGAAUCAACAACUUCCAAUUGAAAGUCAGCUGGUCUCACGUUUGGCUGAUUUACUUAAUGCAGAAAUAGUUUUAGGUACUGUAACAACUAUUCGUGAAGCCGUAACUUGGUUGGGCUACACUUAUCUAUACAUACGUAUGCUUCGAAACCCUACGUUAUAUGGUGUACCACAAGGUAGUGAAAAGGAUGACCCUUGGCUUGAACAAUAUCGUCGAGAUUUAGUGCAUACAGCAGCAAUAGAAUUAGAACGUUCACAGUUAAUUCGUUAUGAUAGACGUUCAGGAUGUUUGCAGUCAACUGAACUUGGUCGAAUCGCAUCACAUUACUACUUAACUCAUACAACUGUACUUUCAUAUAAUAAAUUGCUUCGUCCGGGUUUGGGUGAAAUCGAAUUAUUCCGUGUGUUUGCUGCUAGUUCUGAAUUCAAACAUAUGACUGUUCGACAGGAAGAACGAUUUGAAUUAGCAAAACUUCUUGAACGUGUUCCGAUUCCAAUCAAAGAAUCUCCCGAAGAACCUUCAGCUAAAAUCAACUGUUUAUUACAAGCAUAUAUUUCUGGAUUGAAAUUAGAAGGAUUCUCUUUAAUGUCUGACAUGGUUUAUAUUACUCAGUCAGCUGGUCGACUUGUACGGGCAAUCUUUGAAAUUGUUCUUCAUCGAGGUUGGGCUGAAUUAGCAGAUAAUGCACUCACAUUGGCUAAAAUGAUUGAACGUCGUAUGUGGGAAUCAAUGUGUCCUUUGCGUCAGUUUAAAAAGUUACCAGAUGAAGUUAUUCGUAAAUUAGAGAAGAAAUCAAUACCAUUUGAUCGUUUAUAUGAUAUGAAUCAUCAUGAAUUAGGUGAGUUGGUACGGUUACCUAAAUUAGGUAGACCUCUACAUAAAUACCUACAUCAGUUACCUCGUCUAGAAAUGAGUGUACAUGUUCAACCAAUUACAAGAUCAGCUUUACGUGUUGAGCUAACUUUAACACCUGAUUUUAUUUGGGAUGAAAAAGUACACUCAACAAAUCAAGCGUUUUGGAUAUUUGUUGAAGAUGUUGAUGGAAACAGUGUAUUACAUCAUGAAUUCUUUGUAUUAAAACAACGUUAUGGAACAGAAGAGCAUGUUUUACGAUUUGUUUUACCAAUAUUCGAUCCAUUGCCACCACAUUAUUAUAUAACCGCUGUAUCUGAUCGUUGGAUUGGUGGUGAGGUAACUUUACCAGUAUCAUUUAGACAUUUAAUAUUACCAGAAAAAACAAUACCACCUACUGAAUUAUUGGAUCUACAACCACUUCCAGUGACCGCAUUAAGAAACAAAGAUUUUGAAGCAUUAUACACAGAUCGUGUCAAAGUAUUCAAUCCUAUACAAACACAGGUUUUCAAUUCCCUAUAUAAUUCAGAUGAGAAUGUCUUAAUAGCAGCUCCAACUGGAAGUGGCAAGACAGUUUGUGCUGAAUUAGCAAUAUUUCGUUUAAUAACUACACAUAAUAGUAGUUCAACGAAUCCGUCAGAUUCUUCAGGUACAACUGCCAAUUUUCGGUGUAUUUACGUUUUACCACCACAUGAAGAACAAGUGGAACAGCGUUAUAUUGAUUGGGCAAGUCGAUUUGGUGAGAAGUUGGGUAAACGUGUCGUUCGAUUAACUGGAGAAACCUCUGUGGACUUAAAAUUAUUAGCUCGUGGGAAUAUCAUAGUAACUACACCAGAACACUGGGAUGUGCUAUCCAGAAGAUGGAAACAACGUAAAAAUGUACAAAAUGUCAAUUUAUUUAUUGCAGACAAUUUACAUUUAGUUGGUUCUGAAGGCGGCUCAGUGUUAGAAGUGGUGUGUUCAAGAAUGCGUUACAUCAGUAGUCAAGUGGAUAAUCCAAUUCGUAUAAUUGGCUUGUCUCAUAGUCUUACCAAUGGUCGUGAUAUUGCUAGUUGGCUUGGUUGUACUUCUGGAGCAACUUACAAUUUCCCACCUGCUACUAGACCUAUUCCUUUAGAAUUGACUAUUAUGCCGUUCAAUAUUCCACACCAGGCGUCUCGUUUGUUAGCGAUGACUAAACCUGUUUAUCAACUAAUAACACGACUAGCAUUUACCCCAAGUCCUGCGGGUAGCUCACAGCAUUCUCAGCGUAAACCAACUUUAGUUUAUGUGCCUACCAGACGUCAAACACAAAGAGCUGCUCUCGAUUUGAUAACCAUGUUCGCUGUCAGCAAUGCAACAUCUAAAUUUCAAACUAUCUCAAGUCACUUGGAAGAAGCUUUGUCUCGUGCUGCUGAUCAGUUAGCAGAUAGAGCAUUAGCUGAAGUUAUUCGUCAUGGUGGCGGUGUAGCUUACUUGCAUGAAGCUAUCUCAAAACCAGAUCGUAGAUUAAUUGAAGUGUUAUUCGCUGCCGGUGCAUUACAUACCUUGGUUGUAUCACGUGCGCUUGUUUGGGCUGCAGCCUCACCAAAUCCAUUGACAGCUUAUCUUGUAAUUGUAAUGGAUACACAAGAUUAUAAUGGAAAGAUUCAUGCUUAUGAAGAUUAUCCAAUAGUUGAUUUGAUUGAGAUGUUAGGACAUGCUAAUCGUCCGAAUAUCGAUAGUGAAGCUAAAGCUGUUGUACUAUGUCAAACUGGAAAGAAAGAAUUCUUGAAAAAAUUCCUUCAUGAUCCAUUACCAGUGGAAUCACAUCUAGAUCAUGCUCUACAUGAUCAUUUCAACGCUGAAAUAGUCACCAAAACUAUUGAAAAUAAACAAGAUGCUGUGGACUAUUUAACAUGGACUUUUCUCUAUCAACGUAUGACACAAAAUCCAAAUUACUAUAAUUUACAGGGUGUGACACAUCGACAUUUAAGUGAUCACCUAAGUGAAUUAGUCGAGACCACAUUGAAUGAUCUGGAGACAUCCAAAUGUAUUUCUAUAGAAGAUGGUAUUGAUUUGGCUCCAUUAAAUCUGGGCAUGAUAUCGGCGUAUUAUUAUAUUCAGUACAACACAAUAGAAUUAUUCAGUUUAUCAUUAACAGCUAAAAUGAAAAUUCGUGGUUUAUUAGAUGUGAUUAGUAAUGCAGCUGAAUUUGAUAUAUUAUUACCUGUACGACAUCAUGAAGAUAUUCUAUUACGUCAAUUAAGUGUAAAAGUACCACAGAAAUUAGCACCAAAAGCUAAAUUUUCUAGUCCACAUGUUAAAGCAAAUUUAUUAUUACAAGCACAUUUAUCACGUUUACAAUUACCAAAUGAAAUGCAAACAGAUACUGAUCGUUUAUUAAGUUGUACUAUACGUUUAAUUCAAGCUUGUGUAGAUGUAUUAUCCAGUAAUAGUUGGUUAGGUCCUGCUUUAGCAGCUAUGGAACUAUCACAAAUGUGUACACAAGCUGUAUGGCAUAAAGAUUCUUAUUUACGUCAAAUACCACAUUUUACAGCUGAACGUAUUAAUCAAUGUAAAGAAAAUAAAGUUGAAACUGUAUUUGAUUUAAUUGAAUUAGAAGAUGAAGAACGUAAUCAAUUACUAGAUGGAUUAACACAAGUUCAAAUGGCUGAUGUAGCUAGAUUUUGUAAUCGUUAUCCAAAUAUUGAAAUUACUUAUGAAAUUACCACAAAUAAUGGAAAUAAUGCAUUAAAAACACCUAUACGAACUGGCGAAACAUUAACUGUUCAAGUAUCGUUAGAACGUGAAGAAGAUAAUGUGGGUCCAGUUAUAGCACCGUUUUUCUCUCAGCCCCGUGAAGAAGGUUGGUGGUUGGUAGUUGGAGAAGUAAAAACAAAUUCAUUAGUUGCAAUCAAGCGCCUAUUUGUUUCACAAUCAAUGAAAGUUCGCUUAGAUUUGAAUGCACCAAACCAUUCAGGUCGUCAUGAAUUCACUUUGUUUUUUAUGUCAGAUGCGUAUAUGGGUUGUGAUCAAGAGUAUAAAUUUCAAAUUGAAGUACGUGAAGGAGGAGGAGGUGGUGGAGGGACAGGUGGACGAAGCCAUAAUGACUAACGAAAUCUAACAUAACUGUUAAUUAUUUUGUUCAUACAUAUAUAAACCCUUGUACACAACCACUUACCGUUUUCUUUUAUACACGUCUUUUGCAGUAUUCUGUUUGUUUUCUUGUGCCGUUAAGAGUAAUUGUAUAUAUAGCAGUUUUAUUCUAAAUUUAUUACAUGAGACGCUCCGCAAUAAGUUCGUGAAAUUGAGAGACACUUCUUACUAUUUUGAGAGAGUAGGGAUGACCCUGAAAGCGGUUUCGUCACCUCUGAUACCGUCAGUGCUCAGACAUCUGAAGAAAUGUAUCUCAUCCCACUCUCAAGAAAAUUAUUAUAUCAGUUUAACCUUACUGUAACUUCAU